GGGUGCUGGUGUUGGUGCGGGGAGCUUGGCUUGCCCCAUCUCCCCAGCCCCGUUUUCAUGGCCCCUGCUCUUGCCCCUGUUGUGCCCAUGCCCGACUCCGCGCCGAGCCGCUGGCCUGCCCGUUUGUGCCGGCAGCUCUCCGGGGCUGCCGGGCCCCGGGAGCUGCUCCGACUGCCACGCCUGCGGUGCCGCGCCGGGAGCCGCCCAGCCCGGAGCGUGGGUAGCGCCAGCCGCAGCUCCCCCCGGCCGGCCGUGCUCAAUGAAGACCUUGUUGCCGUGCCCCGUGCGCCGGUCGGCGGGUGGCCGUGCCGUGCGCUCCGUGCUGUGCUCGCACACUCAGACAGCCACCGUGUUUGGGGACGGCUGUCCCCGCUCCACCUCCUCCGUGGUGGCACUCCGCCCCUGCUGAGACAUUUGUGCCGACGAGUCAGCGGGGAGCUGGAUGGGCCACGCUCGGCAUCUGAGUUGCCACACUCUCCCUGGCCUUUCCCGGCCCUCGCCACAGCCCCUCUGCCAGCCUGGAGCCACUGGCACGCAGUGGUUGCUGCUGAGCACGGGGCUGGCGCCUGCCGUCCAUCCCUCCAUCCAUCCCUCUGUCCAUCUGUGUCCCCGCGGGUGGUGAUCCAGCAGCAGAAGGAGGGAGCCCUGCAGCAGUGACACUGUGCCAGCCGCGCUCCCCGGAGCCAGACGCAUGGCGGGUAAGGCACCCCGAGAGAGCCGGUACCCUGCACGCCCCGUCCCCGGGCUCCGCAUCGCCCCGGGGGUGGCCGAGGGCUUUCUGGGCCCCGAGG